AUGGUCGCCACUACUAGCAGUCUGCUCCUUCGACGGGCGGCACCUGCCCUUACUGCCACUGCCGCUGCCGCCGGUCCAGUGCGAUCUCUUCAUUCGACGCGCAUCGUCCGUGCCGGUGCUUCCUCUUCCUCCUCAGCUGCCGCCGACGAAGACUACCCUAGCGAAAACUUUGGCGCCCCCAUCUGGCGGUACACGUUCUUGGGUGCCAUUGCCGCUUUCGGCCUCUACCACAUCUCGACGCUGCACGCCGACCCGCAUCCCUCCAGAGCCUCGUCUUCGGGUCGUUCGGCACCGGGCAACGAGUCCGAAGACAACCUGCACGUCGAGGGCGAAAAACCAUGGCUCACCCGAUACAUCGAGCACUGGACCACCCCAUCCAGCGUGUGGAAGGAGCGCAACGCCAGGCAUCUCGAGCUCGUCAAGGAAAAGGCCGAGGAGCGUCUGCUCUUCCAGGAUGCCGAACGUCCACCUGUCCACCGCCUUCGCUAUACCGGAACCUUUGAGCAAGCAUCGCCCCACGCUGUCGGCCCUGGCACUCAGGUCGACCUUUCCGAUCUCAAGAUCAAGCGUGCUUCCGAGUAA